AUGUUGCUGGAACAUCCAGGAUCAAGUUGUCAGACCGCUGGGAAUUUCUCCAGAUACAGCUCGAGUCAGUCUGCAGAUAUUCCUGUGUGUGCGGGAUGUAACCAGCACAUAGUGGACCGUUUCAUCCUGAAAGUUUUGGAUCGACACUGGCACAGCAAAUGUCUGAAAUGCAGCGACUGUCAGUCACAGCUGGCCGAAAAAUGCUUCAGUCGAGGUGACAGUGUCUACUGCAAAGAUGACUUCUUCAAGAGAUUCGGGACCAAGUGCGCCGCAUGUCAGCAGGGUAUUCCGCCGACGCAGGUGGUUCGGAGGGCGCAGGACUUCGUGUAUCACCUGCACUGCUUUGCGUGUAUCGUGUGUAAAAGGCAGCUGGCCACAGGUGACGAGUAUUACCUGAUGGAGGACAGUCGACUGGUGUGUAAAGCCGAUUAUGAGACCGCCAAACAGAGAGAGGCGGAUUCGACUGCAAAAAGACCCCGCACGACGAUCACCGCCAAGCAGCUGGAGACGCUGAAGAACGCGUACAAUAAUUCACCGAAACCCGCGCGACAUGUCCGGGAGCAGCUGUCCUCAGAGACCGGCCUCGACAUGCGGGUGGUGCAGGUCUGGUUUCAAAACAGAAGAGCAAAGGAGAAGAGGUUGAAGAAGGAUGCGGGCAGACAGAGAUGGGGUCAGUAUUUCCGGAACAUGAAGAGGUCACGUGGGAGCUCCAAAUCAGAUAAAGACAGCACACAAGAGGAGGGCAUGGACAGUGAUGCAGAGGUUUCAUUCACAGAUGAGGCCAUGUCCGAGCUCGGUCACUCCAACGGCAUUUACAGCAGUCUGAGCGAGAGCUCUCCAGCUCUGAGUCGACAGGGUGGAGGUCAUGCGUCAUUCCCUUUGGAGCACGGUGGUAUGCUGCCCUCGCAGGAGUCAUACCACGACAUCAAAGCCAGUAGUCCGUACAGCCUUCCGCAGUCUCCAGGAUCACUACAGGCUCUUCCACGAAACCAGCAGCUCAUCUCCAGUCUGGUCUACCCAGAGUCAGGCCUGCCUAUGGUGGGUCAGAGCGGAGGGCCAAAUAUGACAGCAGCAGUUCGGAUGAUGGGUGGUGGGAAUGGUCCGAGCUCUGAUUUAUCCACAGGAAGCAGCGGUGGGUACCCAGACUUCCCUGCGAGCCCAUCAUCCUGGUUGGAUGAAGUGGACCAUGCCCAGUUCUGAUAUCUUUGAAGAUAUGGAGAGAGACCAAAAAUUUGGACAGGGAUUAUACAGUGGAUACCUGAAUUUUAAACCUUGAUUCUUCACUUUUGGUCUGUUCAAUCAUUUCUUUUUCUUAUGUCAUUGGCAUGGAGAGAAGAGUUAGGUCCAUCGCUAAGCAAUUUUCAAAUUUCUAAGUCUCAAGAUAAAAAGUCUGGCCAAGGCUUUGGACUUCUGUUCAGCUGUACAAGGACAACAGCAUUCAGAAGAGCAUGACGUCUUUCC